AUGGCCAACCACAACCGCAACCGCUCCCGCCUCAAUGUCGACGUGGCCCCAGAAAAUACCACUGUCGGCAUCCUUCGACACUUGGUAACCCAAGCUGACCCCACCAACGCGGAGCGCUACAACCACAUGAAGAAGGCGAAGCUCAUCGAAGCCAUCUGCCGCCUACGACGCACCAUUCACAUCCCGUUGGAUGAGGUCCUGCUUCCCGGCCUCCGAGACUGGCUUUGCGAGAAGGACCCAGCGCGGGCGGCGGAAUUCCAGACGAUGAGGAAGGAGCAAAUAGUGCUGGAGGUGGAGAAGUUGGAGAUGGCGCUUGUGGUGUAUCAGCCGAUUGAGAAUGGGGGUGGGGCUGGAAUGGUCGGUGAUGGGGCCCUAGUUGUCGCUGAUAGGGCUAUGAUUCUCGCUCAUCGGCUGGAUGAAUGGGACAUUGAUGCGCAAGGGAUGGGAGAGGUCAUGCUGCCUGAGGAUCUCCGAAUCUUGCUGCUUUGGGGAGAAGAAGAGCAGGAAGACUAG